GCCACGUCCCCGCCCCGGCCCCGUCGCGCAUCGGAGUUGGCUGCUGGGCUGCGCGGGCUUGGGUGUGGCCGGCGACUCUCGGCGGCGCUUGGUUCGGCGGGGCGUCGCGCUGCGAUCUGCAGGCUGGCUCUGUGGGCGAGGGGCUGCUGAGCGCCCAGCAGACCCAGGCGGCGUCUUGACGGCGCGGGCCGGAGCUCUCGCCAGUUGCUGUUCUUUGGUAAUUCCUGAGGGAACUACGGUCUAAGGAUGAGUGAACUGGAACAGUUGAGGCAGGAAGCAGAACAACUGCGGAAUCAGAUCCAGGAUGCUAGGAAAGCGUGUAAUGAUGCAACCCUUGUUCAGAUCACGUCAAAUAUGGACUCCGUGGGUCGAAUACAAAUGCGAACAAGGCGUACUCUGCGGGGCCACCUCGCCAAGAUCUAUGCCAUGCAUUGGGGUUACGACUCAAGGUUACUAGUCAGUGCUUCGCAAGAUGGAAAAUUAAUUAUUUGGGAUAGCUAUACAACAAAUAAGAUGCAUGCUAUUCCUUUGAGGUCCUCCUGGGUGAUGACUUGCGCUUAUGCACCCUCUGGUAAUUAUGUGGCCUGUGGAGGACUGGACAAUAUCUGUUCUAUAUAUAAUUUAAAAACCAGAGAGGGAAAUGUGAGAGUGAGCCGAGAGCUACCGGGCCAUACAGGCUACUUGUCCUGCUGUCGAUUUCUAGAUGACACUCAAAUUGUUACAAGUUCAGGAGAUACAACUUGUGCUCUAUGGGACAUCGAAACUGCCCAGCAGACCACCACAUUCACUGGGCAUUCUGGAGACGUGAUGAGUCUUUCUCUGAGUCCUGACAUGAGGACUUUCGUUUCUGGAGCUUGUGAUGCAUCUUCUAAAUUAUGGGAUAUUCGAGAUGGAAUGUGCAGACAGUCUUUUACGGGACAUGUGUCAGAUAUUAAUGCUGUCAGUUUUUUCCCAAAUGGACAUGCUUUUGCCACUGGUUCUGAUGAUGCCACUUGCCGACUCUUUGACCUUCGUGCAGACCAAGAGUUACUAAUGUAUUCUCAUGACAGCAUCAUCUGUGGAAUUACUUCUGUAGCCUUCUCAAAAAGUGGGCGCCUCCUGUUAGCUGGUUAUGACGACUUUAAUUGUAAUGUCUGGGACACACUAAAAGGAGAUCGUGCAGGUCUUCUUGCUGGUCAUGACAAUCGCGUCAGCUGCUUAGGCGUAACUGAUGAUGGCAUGGCUGUGGCAACAGGCUCUUGGGACAGUUUUCUUAGAAUUUGGAAUUAAGUGUCAUAUGUAUUUUCUGUUCUCCACUGAUAUCUGGAGAAAUCAAUGCUACAGCCUAUCGCUGUGAAAAAAAAUCCUACCUUAUAUUUGCAGGUGAAGAUUUUCUAUUGAGAUUAUUAUCUACAAAAAAAAAAACAACAAAACAACUUUUACUUAAAUCUGAAAGAAAAGAUGGAAAAAAAAAGCAAAGGUGCUUCUUAGAUCAAAAGUCUAGUUGAAGAGUUACUAAUUUAACCUCGUUGAGUUUUUGCUUGUACUCAGUCUAAAUUUUAUUUCUUGGGUUGAACAGAAUGUACACAUUAUAGCGGCCUAUCAUGUUUGUGUGUGUUUGCAAUUUUUAAGAACUGCAUUUUAAACUAUGUAAAUAAGAAUUGUCCUAUCUUUGAGGUUUGAAAUGGAGAAAGCAGGUACAGUAAUAAAUGGCAGUGUUACCAAUGUAUGUGUACUUAUUUUGAAGAAAGUCUUGUUGAUUGUCACCUUUUUAACCUAAAAGUGAUUCAGUUGUUUAAUAUUUAAGAGUACUGACAGGCCAGGGUAUCUGAGGGCAGUCCUAUUCAAAAUUAUUAGUUUCUGGUACAUCUUUUGUCAUCCUGUCAGUUUAUAUAAGUGCUUGUUUCCAGUCCUGUAGAAUUGGGGGGUAGGUAACCUGAAAGCCAGGGAAUAAAUAUUUCACUGAAAUUUUAGCAACUUUUGUUAAUAACUGGUAGACAGCAGUACUCAAAUACAUUUGUUGGCAUUCUAAAAAGUUGGUUAUAGUCAGUUGACACUUUGAGUAGUAGCUCUUUCUAAAUAGUUGAACUUUCUCAUUGAUUUUAUUUUCUAGAACUGUUUGUAGAGUAUGCUUAUUUCAGGAAUCAGUGAAUUUGGAUUGUCCUCGCAUCUGUAUAAUUUCUCCCACUGUGCUCCACCAAUUUGCAUCUAAAUAGAAAAUGGAAUGCAGUAGUAUUAUAUUCUUGAGAGAGAUGUAAAAUCUAACAAAUCACUAGGCCUGAUUAGUUACAGUUGUAACAGGGUGGGUAUAUAUAAGGUAUUAUUUAAUUAUAAGUCUGAAUGAAUGUUAACUGUGCCUUCAAAAUUUUAAAAUGAAACAUUCGAGUUUUUUGCUCUUUUGUAUAUGUCUUCCCUUAGCAUAAAAUAUAGUUUGUAAGUGCUUUUGCUUCAGAGACUAAGUAACCCCACUUUAAAGCCAAAAGGAAAGUUUCAAGAACAGUCUUAAAGGCACCAGAGGAAAACACUAAGCAGUUCCUCACUUGUCAAUGGCAUGAUGUGUCUAUUAACCAGAAUGUCCUUCCUUCCCUCUCCGACCCCUGGAAUUCAGAUGCUUUUCCCUUUGGGUUUUCUCUUGCAAAUAAAUCUACAUGACUGAUAAUAGAAGAUUGUUAGUCUUGUUUGAUAGUGAAGUCAUGGGUUAUUCUGAUAUAUACAUGUAUAUUGUUUUGUAAUGUAGUAAAUUGUGCCAGUGACUGUUGAGAUAGGUCUCUGUUAACUUUUGACCACCUAUAACCCUAACCUAAAAACUCCUAAGUUUUACCUAUAAAAUUCCAUCUUUGUAUUGUAAAUGUGAUAUAGUAAGUGUAUCAGUAAUAAUGAAGUCAUCAUCAGUGAAGAUCAGUUAAUAUUAAAAAGAGUAACAUCCACAAGGGUAGAUUAAGAUAUAAACCCAAAAGUAUUGUAGAUGGAAGGCAUGAAUGUAUAUGUAUACACAUAUGUUAAGAUUUCUAUUAACUUUUUACUAUUAAUAAUUGUGCAUUGUAUCACCUUGUAAAGAACAGCUCUUGGAGAUAAAUGCAAAUAUGUGUUUAUGGAAUGUAUUCAUUUCCCAGAGGGUUUGCCAUGUACUUUAGCAAUUCAUUCUAAAAUCUUGUUCAAGAAAGCACUUCUAAUGUGAGCAAAAUGUCCUUAUUUAUAUAAAAAGAGAACAUCUGGCUACUUCGAAAAUUAUUCUAGUAACCAGAGUUUAGUCAGAGAGGUAUACCCAGACUACAAGAAUCUAGUGGUCUUAAAAUAUGUUAAAAAUGAUUUAAUGUUUUAAGGUUUGCAGGACAUUUUACAAGCAAUUCCCCUGACUAUGCACUAUGCAACUGAAAAUUAACCACAAUUGUGUCUAAUUAUACACAUGACCAAAUGGUGACCUCAUUAGCACCAUUUACUUACUACUUAAAUUUUUGUUUUCUAGUGAUAGUUUCAGUUGCUGAAUAAAUUUGUUUUCUUAAGUUUUUGUUUAGUUGGUUAUCUAAUUCUGUUGAGUCCUGAAACUGAUAUAUAAUUUGUAAAGAAAGAGUGUAUAUAGUUGGAAUUUUAAGUUUUUUAAGGCUUAGAAAUAUGACCAGAUGUUUUAAGGAAUUUGUAUCAAUAUACUGCAGUUAUCUGUUGCCAUUUUUUUCUUGCCUUCUAAGAAACAUUUAACAUGUGUCUCAGCAGGUUUAUAUGUAGAUUCUAAUCACUCUAGAAGAGUAGUUUUCUGAGAUACAUUAAGGGCACAUUCUUUUUUCAAAGACAGUGAUAGUGGUUCACCAAAAUAUCCCAAAACCUACAUGAAACCAAUGAUAGUUCUCAACAAGGAUAUCUUCUUUAACAGUCUUUAUUUUUGGCAGCUCCACUAAAAGAGAUUUAGCAGCUAUACUAUACUAUAUAGAGAUUUAGAGAACAUAUCCGUAGCCCCUCUCCAGUUCAUCAUUUUUAUAGUUAUGAUUCCAUGGUCACGCUCUGUACUGAUUUUCAACUGCAUAGAAGCAAAAUCUGGGCUUAACAUUUCAACUUCAAGAGCCUCGUAGGCAAUUCCCACUUAGUUGGCUGAAUUGGUCACAUGAUAGUAAACUUGCUUAGGGAAAAAGGAAGUAGGGGCUUGUAGAAUGUUAUGAACUUUUAAAGCCAACUUUAAAUGUUUAAAGCCAACUGAAGAGAAAUAGAGUAACUUUCCCAGGUAACAUGAAAUUACUAAAAAAUUCCGUGUCAUUGUUACAUAAUCAACCUUCUCCAACACUUUUGGUAUCUUAAAAUAAGAUGUUCAGGGGAAAAUUAUGCUUUGAUUCUGGUGAGUGUCUCACAUUUUAAAUGAUAACAUAAUUGAAUACUUGUGGUUUAUUUAUAAUACAACUGAGUAUCUGUGGCUUAUGUGUUUAAGCUUACAGACUGAUUAAACAACCUUAAGUGAGCCUACCAUUUUUCUAAAUCUUUUAUUAGAGUUGAGUCAGCCUUAAAGAUCUUUAAGUAUGAUGUUCAGCUUCUAAUUUCCCCUUAGCCUUAUGGAAAGCAAAAUUUUAAACUAUUUUACCUUGUUAAAGAGUUUUGCAAACCAUCAUGUCAAGACUAUUUUUUGUGUGUUGAGAAAUGGUAGCACAAUAAAUAAAAUAGGUGUUUUGCUACAUGAAGUAGAAUGUAAAAAUACACUAGCUCCCAAUGUUCCUUUUGAAUUGUCUCAAAUUCAGUGCUGUAUUUGAAAAUAUUGGUUACAACAGGUACUCAUUAAAAUGGUUUGUAAUUGGA